AUGGCAAGCGAGUUUAAAUUCAAAAGGUUCUCGCCCACCGCUGAUAAUCUUCCGAGAAAUUCGCCAUCGGCACCUAUCAGGAUACUCGGAAGUGGUCUAUCAGCUUUAACGCUUGCAUGCAGUCUUCGCAAAAAACAUAUCCCCUUCCAAAUUUAUACUCGAGACACCCGGCCUCAAAGUUUUUGGGAUCGGCAUGAUUAUAGUCUUUUGCUAUCAGGGAGAAGUAUCAGAGCGCUUAGGAGACUGCUCUGUAUAGGUGAAGAUGUUUUUCAACGCACGCUUCUAGUGCCACUUACCACACCCUUUCCGUCUAAAAGUCGAGAGCUAGUCAAAAUCAGAAUUCACAGGGGGAAGCUAGAAUAUCUCUUGAGGCAGGCCUUCGAGAAAGAGAUCGAAUGGGAAUGUGAGAUUAAGGUUGAAUCCGAAGCAAGUGGGUUACCGCGUCUGAUUUUUCCCUCGCAUGUCGAUAAAUUAGAAGGGAGUAUUACAUUCGAUUGUAUGGGUGCUCAUUCUCCGAUAAAAUACGCAGAAGUUAGCCACACCAUCCUCCCCGUUGUGGUAUUCCGAGGCCAGAUGUUCUUGUCGAAAUCCUCAUGGGAUCGAAAGUUUCGGCAUUGGUUUCCCAAUAACACAUCACAAAUCCGAGAGCAAUUCGAUAAAACAAUAUUGGAGCUUAUAAUCGACGACGUUCAUCCGCACGGAGGCGUAGUGAAGUUAUCUUAUGUGUAUUCAAGGCCUCGUCUAGAUGGUCCGAUAGAUCCGCCCGAUGAACUCUGGGUACCGAAACGAUCGAUUGAUGAAGCAAGGUCCCCUGCCUUGAUCGAAAAGUUCCUCGACGAAGUCGAAGUCUUUCGACAAGAGUAUAACCUACCUAAACCUUAUGAUGAAGUCUUCAAUCCAGAAAGAAUGAAGGAAGAUGACCUCGUGCAUUGGCUGCAGAGACAUUCAAGGGCAAACCAGCCGAAGCUAAUUCAUCUGUGGAAUGGCGACGAAAGGAUAUUCAAGUUAGGUGAUGCCAUAUUCCAAAUGAGCAUACUCGAGUCUACCGGUGCUGAACUUGCCAUUCAGGAUGGUAUUGGGGUUGCUAGAGAAAUUGAGCGAUGUAGGGAGGCGAUGCUGCAUAAGUGGCUAAUCAGCGGCUGGGUGGGGAGGCAUUGGCAUGGUCAUGCAAGCUUUCAUCGUAUGGCUAAAAGGUAUAGAUCAGAAGUGAUAGAAUAG